AUGUUUUCCUCUGCUGUACCACUUACUGUUUAUUUGAUAUCUGCAGGUUUAGCUUCUCGACCAUGUUUUUCGCCCAUAGUACGAGAGAACACAGUUAGUACACUUGGGCGGCUGGUUCUGAUCAUAUGGCUAUUCGUUGUACUAAUAAUAAACUCGAGUUACACGGCUAGUCUCACAUCAAUCCUCACGGUUCAGCAGCUUUCCUCACCCAUCAAGGGAAUCGACAGCCUUAGAGAAAUGGAUGAACGGAUCGGGUACCAGGUGGGUUCGUUUGCAGAGCGUUAUUUGAGGGAUGAGCUCAACAUAUCAGAGUCGCGGCUCCUCGCACUUGGAUCACCUGAAGCAUAUGCCAAGGCUUUAAAAGAUGGACCAAACAAAGGAGGCGUUGCUGCAAUUGUUGACGAGCGUCCCUACGUCGAACUCUUCCUCUCCAGCAAUUGCGCGUAUAGGAUCAUCGGUCAGGAGUUCACCAAAAGUGGCUGGGGAUUUGCAUUUCCUAGAGACUCUCCACUAGCAAUAGAUUUGUCAACAGCGAUCUUGGGGCUAGCAGAGAACGGAGAUCUGCAGAGGAUCCACGAUAAGUGGCUAAUGAAGAACGCGUGCACUCUAGAGAACGCGGAGCUUGAAUCAGACAGGCUUCAUCUGAAAAGUUUCUGGGGGCUUUUUCUCAUAUGUGGAGUUGCUUGCGUCCUCGCUCUCUUCCUCUACUUUAUACAGAUCAUCCGUCAACUCUAUAAUGGAAAGCCAAACGAGGAUGAUGAUGCCAUUGGGAAAGAGAAUCAUGACUCAUCCUCCUUGCGUUCUACACGUCUUCAGAGAUUCUUGUCGCUCAUGGAUGAGAAAGAAGAUAUGUCUAAGGCGGGAAGCAAGAAGAGAAAGAUUGAUGGAUCAGUAAACGAUACUUCGGGGUCGAGACAUUCACGAGGAUUUGACAGAGAAAGAAGCCUUUAUUCG